CUUGUGAGCUUUGGGGCUUGUUGAAAUAUCUCAUUCGUUGUCCAAACCCCAGCGGGGUCGUCAGGAACCAGCACAGAAGGAUAGGAAAGAAACUAAAGAACCAACAUGACAGAGAUAUCCGAGGCCGCCAUGACUGCGUUUGAGGAGAUGAAGCAAUACGAAUGCUACCAAUAUGUCAUCUUUAAGCUCUCUGGGGAUUUCAGCACUAUCCUUCUGGACGAAAUAGCUUCUCCCGACAAAACGUAUGACGACUUUACUUCCGUCUUGAGGCCGUCUGAUGAGUUGAUGGAGGCCAGUGGGACAGGGGAAUGUCGACUGGCCAUGGUCAAAAUAUCUGUAGAUACCAGCCCCGAAAACAGCCCGGUAGCCAGCUCAAGUAGCGUCUCUGCCAACAGCAGCCUCGGAAACAGUAGCACCGCCAGCAGCAGCUCUGGGAAUGCCUCCGCGAAUAACAAUAUAGACAACGAAUCUGUAAUAGCUUGUAUUCUGUGGCUGCCGUUUCGCUGUGAGAUUCCCGAGAAGAUGCGCUACAUAUCUGCCAAGGAAUAUUUACACACCGAAAUGCAAUGGACUGGAAGAACUGUAUACUGUGAACGGCGUAAAGACCUCGAUAUAGCAAAAAUACAGCGUGAAAUGAGAUUUGAUUUUGAUGUCUAGCUGCAUGGAUUUAUCGUCUUCUUAUUUAUCCGAAAUUAAGCUGCGCUUAUAACAUCUGGGAAAAUUAAUUAGGUCUUUGGAGGGCGCCAUUGGUAGAUUGUACUUCUUUUUUCUUUUCCUCUGUUGUUUCUGCCUAUCUGUCUCACUUUUUUCUUUCACUAAGUUUAAUCUACUCAAAAUCAAUCAGGAAAAAUCUUUGAAAAUUUGCUUCACAAAGUGAGAUUCAAUUUAAAAAAUAGAGACUGGUUUUUUUUUUGGUUAAUAAGAUGUCUCUUCUUCCUUUUCAAAAUUAGAUAUUUAUUUGUUUGGUUCUAGCGGCUUCUCUGUCAGAAAGUUUAUCAGUAACAUCGUUUUGGUGUAUUUGAAUAUCUGAGACCAGAAUAGACUGAUACGAAUGCCGCAAAAUUGUGUGCGAUCAAUAGCUAUGGUAGUAGCAUAUAACGGCUUGUCUGGGGUUUUUUUCUAAAAGGCUAUGAUUCGGGGUGAGUAAUUUUUAAAAAUAGGAUAUCACGAAAUGAUCGACUUUGGUGUGGAGAAUCUGGAGUCUGAAAUGAAAGAACAAUUUUUUGUCUAAUUUAUGCUAAAGAAUAUCUGGCGUCUAUCUAAAACCUCCUCAUUAAAUUAAAGUUAAGUUGGGAAUUUUGAUAUCGAGUUUACAUAAAACAUGUAUUGGGCAAUAACAUUAUAGAGUAUCUGCACCCUGAAAUGAGGUGUGUAACAGACGUAUUUAUAGUUAUGCUUGCUAAAUAUAUUUUCUUGUAAAAACUUCUCUCUCCUCCAAAGACCUAUUGUAUUAUUAGCUUAGAAGUACAUACUAGUGUAUUUACUUGUGAUUUAUCUUCUUCCCUCUCCACUCCCUCCUCUUUUCCUUUUUACCGUUGUGGUCAUAUUCUGUCAUCCAAAUUCUUAUUUACGUCAAGGAGGAAAGAUUUAAAACCAAACAAGAACCAAGAGCAGAAGAAACUUUAUCAAGCACGUCCUAUUUUGGGGACGGAACAGUACAGAGGACAGACAGACCCCAAGACCAGCAACUCCUGGCGGUCAAAACAGUCACCUGCUUAGGAUGCUUGUGCGAGACAAAAACGAUAAAACAACUACGAGUAACUACGAAUUGAAUCAAAGGGGUAAGGGUAAAGUUUAGCCCUCCUUUCGGAACUUACCUGACCUAGAGCUCACGUAAGGAGUCUCCUGCCCUCUGUGAGGCCCACAUUAAUUGGGUCACCGUUAUUGAUGUCAUAUGCAAAUGACGUUUUUAACUAAUUUUACAAACGAAGUGGUCGAAAUUUACUUUUUAUCUUCAAUCGUGUCUUCUGUAGACAAGGUGCAGCUUUUUGCGCUUAGCCGGGGGGAACUUAGCGAAAAAUGUGCAUCUUCUUUAUCUCCCCUCCUCCUUUUUUGUGUUUGUUACUCUCUUGUGACUCUUCUAAUCUUCGGCACUUAUAUGACCUUAUUGUGUUGCAAGUGACCUAAAACUCUUACUAAAACUAAACUUUAAAAACGUGCAUUGUAGUUGUAGUCAUGGUUGUUUGUAUCGUUCAAUAAUCCUAUAGAAUUCUAUGUCCUCUGUACCGUUUGUCGUCUCUAUAAAUAGCGUUGCAUUUUUUAACUUACGAUCUAGAAGAAAAGUAACUUUUUUUUUGGGGGGGGGGGACAUGUACCUCAAUGCAGCUGAAACCUGAAAUGAGAGACACUGUACAUAUAAUAAUAUAGCUUUCUGCAGCCAGCAUCUUCUCUGUGUAAACUUUUAUCCCACCACCAUGAAACAGAAAUUGUGAAUUUGGACAAUAAAUAUUUACAAUACCAACCAACUAA